AUGCAAGGUUUGAACAGAACCUUUUUUAUUUAUCUUUUUAUCCUUGUAGGCUUCUCCAACCUGGGCGACCUGCAGAUCCUCCUCUUCUUCAUCUUCCUCCUGGUCUACUUGACCACUCUGAUGGCCAACACCACCAUUAUGACAGUCAUUCGCCUGGACCGGGCUCUGCACACCCCCAUGUAUUUCUUUCUCUUUGUGCUAUCCUGCUCAGAGACCUGCUACACCUUGGUCAUUGUACCGAAAAUGCUAACUAACUUGCUUUCCAGCAACCCAACUAUUUCCUACUAUGGGUGUGCAGCCCAGCUCUAUUUCUUUGUGGGUUUGGCUUGUACCAAUUGCUUUCUGAUCGCUGUGAUGGGCUAUGACCGCUAUGUGGCCAUCUGCAACCCUCUUAACUACAUGCUCAUCGUCAGUAGAAUGACCUGCACACUCUUAGUUCUGGUCUCUGGCUUCUGUGGCUUUCUGAUCUCUGUGGUUGUCAACAUCCUAGUGUUCAGCGUCCCCUUCUGUGCCUCCAAUCGUAUCAACCACUUCUUCUGUGACAUUUCUCCUGUCAUCAAACUGGGCUGCACUGACACCAACCUGAAGGAGAUGGUCAUCUUCUUCCUCAGCAUACUAGUCCUGCUGGUUCCUUUUGUGCUGAUCUUCAUCUCCUAUGUCUUCAUCGUCUCUACCAUCCUCAAGAUCUCUUCCUUGGAGGGACAGCGGAAGGCCUUUGCCACCUGUGCCUCCCACCUCACUGUGGUCAUUGUUCACUAUGGCUGUGCCUCCUUCAUAUACCUAAGACCCACCUCCUUGUAUUCAUCAGAUAAAGACCUGCUUGUGGCCGUGACCUAUACUGUCAUCACUCCACUGCUUAACCCUCUUGUCUAUACUCUGAGAAACAAAGAAGUAAAGGUGGCUCUGAGAAAGGUUCUCAAUAGGUAUUCACUACCUAAAACUAUCUGA